AUGGCCUUAAUUUGUUCUUCAUCGCACGAAGAGGAUAAGGGCCCCAAAGGUGACCCUGGUAAAAAAGGUGAUGUAGGUCCCCCAGGCGUGAAAGGAAGACGAGGUAAAAAGGGAGCCACCGGCCAAGCAGGAUUGAAAGGAAACGGUGGUGUUCCGAUUAGAAUUGUUGAAGAAAUUAGAAUUUCACAGAAAGCACAGUGCAAUAGGACCGUUCAAUGCAUAGGACUUCCAGGCCCGCCUGGAGAGCCUGGUAGUAUUGGUCCUAAAGGAUCCAGAGGCUUUCCUGGUUUUCCGGGUGCAAUUGGCGAACCGGGUCCUGCAGGAUUUCCUGGAUCUACUGGAGUCACUGGAAAUCCAGGGAAGGAUGGUGCUAAAGGAGAACCUGGUGCCAAAGGGCCAACGGGUGAUAAAGGAGACAAGGGAAUACAAGGUCCUAUGGGUCCUCCUGGCUCUCUUUCGAUCAAUUCACUGGAGCAACUGAAGGGAGAACCUGGCGAGCCCGGCACACCUGGCGAGCCCGGCACACCUGGUGAGCCUGGCACACCUGGACAAAAGGGAGAGAUGGGUAUUGGUAAACCAGGUUUCCCUGGAAAACCAGGACAUAAUGGAACAGAUGGUGCCCCUGGACCAAGGGGAGCUAAUGGUAUUAAUGGGAAGCCAGGCCCAGUAGGGCCACAAGGAAAAGAAGGUCUACCAGGUAUAGGGCUGCCAGGAACCGAUGGUCCCACUGGCCCACCUGGGAAUACUGGCCCAAAUGGUAUUCCUGGUGCACCUGGUCCAAAAGGGGAACCUGGUCCAAUAGGUAGCCCUGGCCUCUCAGGAAGUGAUGGCCAACCUGGCAUGAAUGGCGAACCAGGCCUACAAGGACCACCAGGAGAAGGGCUACCAGGUGUUCAAGGCACACCAGGUGAGAAAGGAGAGAUGGGACCACCAGGUGAGAAAGGAGAGUUGGGACCACCAGGUGAGAAAGGAGAGAUGGGACCACCAGGUGAAGGCCUACCUGGUAUUCAGGGCUUACCUGGUGAUCCAGGUUCACCCGGGGCACAAGGACCACCAGGGGAACAUGGACCUCCAGGGGAACAAGGGCAAGUUGGUCCACCUGGAGAACAAGCACCGCCUGGAGGUCCACCUGGGCCAAUGGGUCCACGUGGGCAUUUGGGUCCACCUGGAGAGGAUGGAUUACCUGGUCCACCUGGAGAAACAGGAUCGCAAGGCGCAACAGGGGAACCAGGCUUACCUGGACUAAUUGGUACACCUGGAGUGCAAGGAUCUCCUGGUGAUGUAGGCCCACAGGGGCCACCUGGAAUGCAAGGUCAGCCUGGGGAACCUGGUUUACAAGGAGAGCCAGGAUUACAAGGGGAAGUGGGUUCACCAGGGGAGGUGGGAAGACCUGGAGAGAUUGGACCGAAGGGUGAGCAAGGACCUCCUGGAGAUCAGGGCUUACCAGGACCACCUGGAGUACCUGGAGAACCUGGGCGAGAAGGACAAAAGGGAGAUGCAGGUGAUAAAGGUGAACCAGGAUUACCUGGCAGCCCAGGAAAGCCAGGUGAAGUUGGACUCCCAGGAAUAGGAUUUAAAGGCAUAAAAGGGGAUUCGGGAUUACCAGGUCUUCCAGGAGCACAAGGCAUCCAAGGACCUUCAGGAAAGCCGGGUGAAAAAGGUGACAUUGGACCAAAAGGUCUCACGGGAGAAAUUGUGACGUCUAGUGGAAAGGAAAUUCCUGGUCCAAGAGGUCCGCCUGGAACACCCGGUCCACCAGGUCCCAAAGGAGAUCAAGGUAACCCUGGCCCUGUCGGUCCUCAGGGAAUUGGAGAAAAGGGUGAAAGGGGCAGUAUUGGUCCAAAAGGAGAUAAGGGAUUGAUAGGGAACACUGGCUUACAGGGAUUUCAGGGCAAAGAUGGGGCACCAGGAAAGACGGGAUUGAUGGGACCACCUGGUCCAUCAGGUCCUGCUGGACAGCCUGGUGUUAAUGGUGUCAAAGGAGCAAAGGGGUCAAACGGUUAUGUAGGCAAACCGGGCACUCCUGGUAUGGAUGGCCAAAAAGGAGAUAAAGGUCGAAGGGGUAAGAAGGGCAUGAAAGGAGCGAAAGGAAAUGCUGGCGUUCCAGGCUUAGAUGCUCCUUGUCCUGUGGGUCUUGAUGGCUUACCGAUUAAAGGAUGUUUCCCGGGAAGAAGAUAGUGAAUACAGAAUUUAUACCCAUCUGUACAUACGAAGAGUGAUCACAGAUUCUAUUUUUAUUGUAAGCUAUUCUUUACCAUCAUCUUUUAAGUACCUCCUUGUAAAUACCUUUGGCUUUAAGUUUGUAAAGUUUGGAAUUUGAAAGACAAUGCCAGAAUACUGAUUUCUCUGUGAGCCUAAUGGACCUAUGUGCUGUUGUCACUUUGGUGAAAGAUGGAAGGACCUGGCAAACUCAAGGAGUCAUAUUUAAAGUCAGCAAGAAUUAUUAUUGAUUUAGAUGGUGCUGUUUUUCGGUUUGCAAAGGAAAUGAUAAAAUGAUUUGUGAAGCACUCUGAAUUUGCGUGAUGGAAAUUGUGUUAUGCACUGGAACAGCAGUGUAUGUACCAUUAACUUUAAAGGGAUAUUUCGGCUGCCGUUGGUACAGCUUCUCUGCAACCGAGUUGCAGGAGCAGCGAGGAACUGCAAAACAAUUAAAGCGAUAUAUAUCUUAUCUAGUAGCGCAAUAUACUGAAGGCAAAAGAGGGGAACUUCAGCAAAUAAAAUGUGUAGAUAGGUAUAAGGGUAAGAUGCGGUAAUGCAAGGAAUAUAUACACUGUAUGAGGAGUAUAUAAUUGGGAGAGGAUUGUUGUUUGCAAAGCAUAUUUAAAUUUGCCAAAGACUAUUUAUGGCAGUACAUAUUACAAUAAUAUAUAAUGAUGAAUGUAUAAAAGAAUGUAUCAGCAAGAUAUUGCCACAAGUUGAUGUCAAUGAUAAGAUAAUGAGGCUGACAAUUACUCCUAAUUUUAAUUGUGAUAUAUUCUGUAUAUAAACAAAUAAUUUCUAAAAGAAGUAAGAAAAUUGAAGCCAUUUUCCUACCAUGUUUAUCUGUGUGUUUAUUGCUUUAAGAACAAGUGAAACUUUACUAUGCAAAUGAACAGGCAGAAAGCAACAAUAGGCCUAAUGAAAUGGCAUUUCUUCAUAGAUGAGCAAAUGUUAUAUAGCUGAAUUUUACAUAUAUGGCAUAUGCAUAAAACUGUCAGGAUGCUGAUUCUCCAUGGAUUGGUUUUUCAUGGAGAAAUGUAUGGCAUUCUCUAUGAAAUAAUGCUUUAAAGAAUCAUUAAGUGGAAAAAUGCUUAAAAACUGGGCUGCAAUAUUUAUUACAGCUUUGCUAUAUCAUGCUGUGUAAAAAUGAGACGAUAAGAUGUAACAAUCAAGUAUAUUACAAUAUAAAAGUAGGCAUACAGUACAGGAUAUGUUUUUUAAUUGUAUUGAUGGCAAAUUUUAAUAAAACUUAAAAGAUUUUUGUAUGAGAAGUACAAAUAAACAAAUAUAAAUAAAUAAUAAUCUUUAUCUAUUUAAUUUUGAAGGGACAGCCUCAUAUUUUAAUUAUUAUUUUGUUAUUACAAAUAUUUAUCAUAUACAACUUGCUAUAUAGAUAACAUUUACCAUUAUGAAAUACUAUCUGUAAUGAUUGUAUGUUUUUAUUAAUGUUUGAAAAAUUUUCAAAACCUUAUAAAAUAAUUUACUUGGACAGUCCAAUUAAAUCAAAGAUGACUAACAAAAAAGAAAUUGAGAAAUCAGGAUUUGGUCCUAAGCAGAAUCCUCUGCGCUUACUUAAUGUGAGUAUUUAUUGUGAGGUGCAAAACAAUAUUUUUUUGAUGCAAAUAACAAAGAUGUGAUUUCUUAAGUUAUCAUUUUUUAUAAAUUAAAAAAAACCCAAAUAUUUCUCUCAAAAUCAUGUUUUAAUUAUUAUUACCUCCACCACGGGAGGUUAUGUAUUGACUGCUCUCUGUCCGUGUGUUAGCAAGAUUACACAAAAACUUAUGAAUGGAUCAUAAAAUUUGAUUCCAGUAUUUUCUUGAGGGUAUGUUGCAGUUUUGCCCAUCAUACCUUCUUAUUGCUGGUGGUAUCCAGGCACAGGGCAGAGGUAUACACUCUAUGGAGUGACUGCACUAGUUCAUAUUGUUAUCUUGCAUAAAUUAAUUUAAAAGCAGAGCCAUUACAAAGUAUAUGAAAAACUUGUAAAUAUAGCUGUACAGUAUUUUAAUAAUUUUUCAGUACAUUAUAUUUUUAUUGUAUUAGUUUUGUGUUUCAUUUUUUUUUUCUUUGCUAAAUUAUUUCCUGCUGCAAAGGAUUUAUUGUCACGUAACCCACGCUUAGUGCAUACACGAUAUAUAGGGCAAAUGUAAAUAUAAUUGGUAAUAAUAAAAAGCAUUUAAAAAACCAAAUUUUAACAUUAUGAUGCAAAGUAAAAUUUUAAUAAUAGUUGCAAGUAUGUCAUGUGAUUUUAAAUGUUUGAGAGUCUGUAAAGAUUUAAAAUAUUUAAAGGUUAGAAAUGUUCAAAGGUUUUAAAUACUUCGACAUUUGGAAUUGUAAAAUUUAGAAAUAUUUCAAGGCUUGAAAUUUUUAAUAUUUUAAAGUUUAUUCCUCUUUAUUCAUAUGUUAAAUUUUGUUUUAAUGUGAAAGUGGAAAUGUAGUACCAAUACAAAAAAAAUACAAGCCAUAUGCUAGAUAUGAAUUUGAGAAAACUUAUAGAAGAAUUAAUAUGUGAAAUAAACUAAUGUUUGUUGAACCCACUUUGUUUAAUAGGCUGAGGAUUUCAUACAUUUUGAGGGCUUAGUAAAGUACUGUAAUUAUUUGUAAGUGAAACCAGUUUAAUGAAAUAUAUAUGUACAUGCCAUUGUAGGUAGAUAUCCACCAUGAUUGUUUAGCUAGACAAUCAGUGUUUUGAAGUUAUUUAACUGUUUAUAUUUGGAACUGUGACUAAGCACACAUUUUUGACUACAUUGUAUCAUAUUUAUCCAUUAAUUUUAUAUUUAUGCAUUGUUCAGUCUUGUGGUGUAACGUCCAAAUUUAUAUUCCAUUGUUGUAUUCAGAUUACAGUUAUUUGUUGGGUCAGCGUUUAUAUAAAUAAAAAAAUACUGUAGUUAGCUAGCUGUUAAUCGUAAAAUUUGUGUCAAAUUGACUACAUGCCAUUAAUAACAUAACAAGCGAACUUAGUUAUAUUUUAGGUAUAGGAAGUAUUUUGUGGGCCUCACAUAAAAUUCAGAAAUAACUCAUUUAAUAAUUUUCUGUGUUAUGUAUCAUAUAUUUAAUGAAUAAGGAUUUAUAAGCCUGUAAAAAGAUUAUGUAAGGCAAUUGCAUUUUUAAAUCAUCCUCCUCAUCAGUAUUAAUUAAUUAUGCGAUUAACAAUGUUCAGAUAUUUGUUUAUGGUAAUCAUCAUCAUUUUGUAAUCAUCAUUAUCACUGUAAUCUUCGUCAUCAUCAGAAUCUUCAUCAUCAUCGUUACAUCACAUCAUUACUUCAUUCUGAAGUAUCUAAAAUCCUAUGUGCCAAAAUGUUGUGACAGGAAUUUUGGAUACUUUUUCACAGAUGUCAACUCAAUUUCUCAACACUAUAUAAAUUGGCGUUGUUUCUUAAGAACACAAAAUAUAAUGGGGUUCUAAUAAUAGUACCUCAUCUGUUUCUUAACAUUCAAUUUUCUAAUUUUUCUUGCUGUUUGAAUGCAUUAAUUUGGUAUCAGUUUGAUAUUGUAUUUUGCCAAGACAAGAAAAGUAGUUUAAACAUAAAAAAUAUUUCAUAAAUGAUUUAAUUAUAGAUAAUGUUCAUUCAAUCGAUUUAUAUCACUUCAGAUGUGAUGUUCCUAUGUACAUAUCAACUAUGUUUUCAUAAAAUAAACACCAUUACAAUGAAAUUAUCAAAUAUUUCUGUAAGAUCAUUUGGUCGGGUAACAGUACCUGCUUAUAAAAAUUAGUAUUUAGUUUUUUAUCCAUUGCAUAUAAAUCUAGCUAACAGACAUUGAUGUUCAUAAAAAAAAAGCUACUAAUAUUGUUUGUUUUUAAGUUUUGACUUAUGUUCCCAAUAUGUUGUAGUAAUAAUGAGCAGUGUGUGAACCCAUGUAUAGCAAAUGUUCUCCAGAGACUUCCAGUAUUAAAACAAGAAUGUUGAAAAUUUGAA